AUGUCUCGUCUUCUCAGGCGGCUCAAGCCAUCCUUUGGAGUAAGCCACCUCACUGCUUCUUCUCGGAGCUUCUCUAAUCACAUCUUCAAAGUAACACCUUGUGGAACUACUGUGAGAGAUGGUGACGUUGGAUAUCUAGCUAUCUACAGCUAUGUUGAUAAAUUGAUCGACUGCACACAAAAGAAGGUGCCUAUGGCGUUAGCAAAGGGGAUGGGAACCACCAUAGGAGCAUCCCACGGCUGGGUAGCAACUUUGAAAAAUGGGAUCAUUCGUCUUCAAGAUGACUUCGACCCCUAUGCGUCGUAUACAGACCCAAAACGUAUUCCCUUGCCUCCUCUUGUAACUCUGCCUCAUUGCCAAACCCAAAUCGUAACCAACAUAGCAAUGUCCUCUUCCUCUCCAGAGGAUGAAGACUGCAUCGUGGCUGUCAAGUUCUUGGGACCUCAGCUAAGCUUGUGUAGGCCUGCUCAGAGAGAUUGCAAGUGGAGCAACAUCAGAAUCUCAGACCCCAGCUUCUUCUCCUCCCAUGUAAUGUACUCCAAGAGAGAUGGCAUGUUCUCCAUGCCAGCUGCUGGAGGAAACUACACAGCAUCAUGUGAUCUUGGGAGACACCUGAACGAACCAAAGAUUCAGAUGCUGACGUACCCGAAACAACGCGUGUUUGAAGACCUGUAUGUAAAGAGCACGGGUACGUUUAUCGAGAAAGAGUUUCUGAGAAAGUUCGACUGGAAGCACUCGGACUGGUCAUGCAGGAUGGAGCACUACUUGGUGGAGUCGUCACACACAGGUGAGACUUUUCUGGUGAAAUGGUCUAAAGAUAUCAACCCACAAGACGGGAGGAGUGAAAUGGACCUAUUCCUUGUGUUGAGAAUAGACGAGGAAGGAAACGCUGUGUAUACUAAAGACUUUGGAGGUGAGUGCAUUUUCAUCUCUAAGGCUGAAUCUUUUUGUCUCCCGGCAUCUUGUUUGCAUGACAAGAGACCAAACUGCAUCUAUCAUUUAAGCGACACGAGCUUUGGAAUAAAAUGCAUGGAUGAUGUUUGGAAAGAGAGGGGUGGAGACCUUGCUUUCCCAGGCCCUUUUUGGUUCCCACCAAAGCUAGACUCCAAAGUAUCUGGCGAAACUAUCUCGGUUCCUUAUCUUAAGGUGCCUAUGGAGUUACUGAAGGAGAUAGGAAUGAUAGGAGCAUCCCAUGGUUGGGUAGCAACUUUGAAAAACGGAGUCGUGUGUCUUCAAGAUGACCUAGAUCUCCCUGAUACUGACCCAAAACGCAUUCCUCUUCCUCCUUUUGUAACUCUACCUCAUUGCCAAACCCAAAUCGUAACCAACGUAUCUAUGUCCUCUUCUUCUCCUGAUGAUGAUGAAGACUGCAUCGUGGCUGUCAAGUUCUUGGGACCUCAGCUAAGCUUGUGCAGGCCUGCUCAGAGCGAUUGCAAGUGGAGCAACAUCAGAAUCACAGACCCCAACAUCAAAUGA